AGAUAUUUUUCACGGUUUAUUACUCUCUUCAUUUCGUUGUCGGUAAUUCGACAAAAAAAAAUUGUCACGGUAUAUUUUUAUAAAAUUGUUAAAAGAAAAUCCUAAAACAAACGAAAAUGGUCUCCCUGAACCCAGUUAGAAUUUUAAAAAAUGAAGCUGAAGAAGAUAAGGCAGAAAUUGCUAGACUGAGCAGUUUUAUAGGUGCUAUAACUAUGGGGGAUCUAGUAAAAAGUACUUUGGGGCCCAAAGGAAUGGAUAAGAUUCUAGUAUCCAGCGGAAGAAAUGCAGGAUCUGUAGAAGUAACUAACGAUGGUGCCACCAUUCUCAAAUCUGUCGGUGUGGAUAAUCCUGCUGCAAAAAUUCUCGUUGACAUGUCGAAAGUGCAAGAUGAUGAAGUAGGUGAUGGAACCACAUCUGUCACAGUUUUAGCUGCUGAACUUCUUAGAGAAGCAGAAAGACUGAUCGAACAGAAAAUUCAUCCCCAAACGAUUAUUGCUGGUUGGAGGAAAGCUGUUGAUGUAGCCAGAAAAGCCCUGCGGGAUGCUUCAAUGGAUAACAGCGAUAAUCUCGAAAAAUUCCGUGAAGAUCUGUUGAACAUUGCCAGGACAACUCUGAGCUCGAAAAUUCUCUCACAACACAAGGAACAUUUUGCAAAACUAUCCGUUGAUGCGGUACUCAGGUUAAAGGGAUCAGGAGAUUUACAAGCUAUCCAGCUUAUCAAGAAAACUGGUGGUACUCUGGAAGACUCAUUUCUAGACGAAGGUUUCUUAUUGGACAAAAAACCAGGAGUCCAUCAACCCAAAACAGUGGAGAACGCCAAAAUACUCAUUGCAAACACUCCCAUGGACUCUGACAAAAUUAAAGUAUUCGGCUCCCACAUCAAAGUUGACUCAAUGGCCAAAAUAGCUGAGCUGGAGUCCGCCGAAAAGGAAAAGAUGAAGGACAAAGUCAACAAGAUCCUGAAACACAAUGCCAACGUUUUCAUCAAUAGGCAACUCAUCUACAACUACCCCGAGCAGCUGUUUGCCGAUGCGGGCGUUAUGGCGAUCGAACAUGCUGAUUUUGAUGGGAUUGAGCGUCUGGCGCUCGUCACUGGAGGAGAAAUUGUCUCUACGUUCGACCACCCAGAGCUGGUCAAGUUGGGAACAUGCGAUCUCAUUGAACAGGUAACAAAAUCUUUGUUGUAUAGAUAGAUAGAUAAUUUUAUU